GAACAUUUCAACAUUCCCGUGCACAUGCAUCCACCGCAUGUUUCUCACUGACACUGCAACCGCCGGUGCCAACCGCCAGACACGCCAACCAUCUCGCUGGUAAACUAAGGCCACCGUGAAGUCCACGGUGGUGUGUAAAAGUUGACUUGAGUGGAUAAAUCUUCACCGUUGAUCUCAUCAAACUCAAAGCAGGGAGGAGAGUGAGGAAGGAUUAGUUAAGCAGUCAAUUCAUAGAAAAAUAAUAGAAAAUAUAAAAGUAAAGGUAUUGGAUACAUCAGAUUAUCGUCAGAGCCAACGGUUUCUGUGUCAGCUGAUAGUAACAGUAACGGCUGACGCUUUUGCUUUUUCGUCUUUCGGUUUUCUUUAUUUAAGAAGAUUUUGAUUCGUUUUAACAAUGGUCGGUUAGGGUUUUCCUUUUUGGAUCAACCAAUUCUGAAUUGAAAUUCACGCUUCUAAGUGGACUGAACCUUGGUUUCAGCGAGAAUGGCGGAGCUGAGAGGAGGGAACACGUGGACGGAGGAGCUUGCGAGUCUGGUAGCGGACACCGGGAUAAGAUAUGCUGGUGCUGCCGCCGGGGAAUCUAUCGGGUUUUCGGCUCCGGCGUUCAAGAAGUCGGGAUUUGUCGACGAGGAAGAAGUCAAAACAGAAAGUUUGAAGGAGCAGGUGACAGGGUUUUUGAAAUCGUGGGGGGAAAUGUUGUUGGAUUUAGGUAAGGGGUGCAAAGACAUUGUGCAACAGAGUUUGAUCACUGAGGAUUCCUUUAUAGUGAGAAACGUUGGAAAGCCAAUGGCUAAGGUCUCAGAUCGAUUCAAGAUUUUGAACGAGUUCUUGCCUGAGGAUCGCGACCCAGCCCACGCCUGGCCUGUGAUAUUCUUCGUUUUUAUACUCGCGCUUGCUGCUCUAAGUUUAAAUACCACACAUGAUACCUCAGUCCCAGCAGUAAAGAGAGUGCGCAUACAUCCUCCUAGUGCAAAUCGCAUUCUGCUUCCAGAUGGUAGGCAAAUGGCUUAUCAUGAAAAUGGUGUCCCUGCCAACAGAGCGAGAUUUUCCAUGAUUGCUCCACAUUCUUUUAUUUCUUCUCGACUUGCAGGUAUACCUGGAGUUAGAACAUCAUUACUCGAAGAAUUUGGUGUUCGCUUGGUCACAUAUGACCUUCCUGGUUUUGGGGAGAGUGAUCCUCAUUCCAGCAGAAAUCUUAACUCAUCAGCCCUUGAUAUGCUCUACCUAGCAAAUGCUAUCAGUGUUAAUGACAAGUUUUGGGUGCUGGGUUAUUCAAGUGGAAGCAUGCAUGCUUGGGCUGCACUCAGAUACAUCCCUGAUAGAAUUGCUGGUGCUGCCAUGAUUGCCCCAAUGAUUAAUCCAUAUGAUCUGGGCAUGACAAAAGAAGAGAUCAGAAGAACAUGGGAACAAUGGUCAUCAAAAAGGAAAUUAAUGUACUUCUUAGCUCAGAAAUUUCCAAAAUUUCUCUCUUGUUUUUAUCGCCGAAGCUUCCUAUCCGGUUUUCAUGGUCAAAUUGAUAAGUGGAUGUCUCAGGCACUUGGAAGGAAGGACCAAAUUCUGAUUCAGGAUUCAACAUUUGAAGAAUUUUGGCAUAGGGAUGUGGAGGAGUCAAUCCGCCAAGGGAGCACAAAACCAUUCAUUGAGGAAGCUGUACUACAGGUGUCAAACUGGGGUUUCAACUUGGCAGAUCUACAUGUGCAGAGGAAGUGUCAGAGGAAAGGCAUUCUCCUUUGGCUUAGGUCCUUGUACAGUCAGGCAGAAUGUGAGUUGGCUGGAUUUCCAGGCCCAAUUCACGUAUGGCAGGGGACAGAUGACAAGGUAGUGCCACCAUCAAUGACUGACUACAUAAGCCGGGUUCUACCUGGUGUCAUCUUGCAUAAGCUUCCAAAGGAAGGCCAUUUUUCUUUUUUGUAUUUUUGUGAUGAAUGCCAUAGGCAGAUAUUCUCUACUCUUUUUGGAGAUGCUCUAGGUCCUCUUGACAAGAUGGUGGAAAUUAAUGAAACUUCAUUUAAAGGAGAGAUGGAAGAGGUAUCAUCCUUCACUGAUUCUACUACAGGAGAUAUGUGACUAUAGAUAUAUACUCCUUUUCCCCUUUUUGGUGAAUUUCUGAUGUAAAUAUCACAGCCACGGUUGGCUCCUGAUCUCAGUGGAGCCUAAGAUGAAAUUCUAAGGUAUGAUUUUGUUUCAAAAUUUUUGGAGGAUAAUCACAUUCUGAGGAAAGCAGUUAAAAGCGAAGAGGCAGCAAUUUUCUAUGAAGGUUUUCCAUUUCUUCAUUUUCAUUAGGCUUUAUGAUGCAAUCUGUAUUAAUCAUUUAGCUAUAUAGCACCGAGUGGCUACAUUCUUCCAUGAAAAUAACAUCUAAUUAUUACUUCUAUUGAAAAUUAA